CAAACCCUGUCUCUCUCUCUCUCCUCUCUCUGGUUCAAGUUUUUUUGCUGGCCACGACCCCCAAACCCCUAUUCACUUACAUGCGAUUUGAUUUUUGAUUUACUCACCGCUCAAAGCUCCACUCUCUACCUCUCUAUUACCCGCCAAAAGGUUUGACCGGAUUCUCGCCCCGAUUCCACGCGACUGCUCUUUCUCGGAUGGAAUCAGCGGUCGGCACCACUCCCGAGGCGAGAUCGGAGCCUGUCGCUGAAAAGAGGGCAGCGGAGGAGGACCUGGAUGUCUCUAAAGAAGCCUCGCCGCCGCCUCCGAAGAGGAGUAGAGGAUUGGGCGACCGGCAUUUGGUUGGGGAUGUUCGGAAGGUAGCUGAGAUGGUCCUGGUGUUAGCUGCCAUGGGGAAAAUGCGGGGAGGAAAGGGCCCCACUGAUGUUGAGAAGGAAUUGAUGGCGGAGGCCCGGAACAAGUUGGCCCUGGUUUGCGAGGGUUUUGCCCCCAAGGACGUUUUCCCGAGCGAGGGUUUUGGGGGUGUUAUUGAGGAUUUGGGGCUUAAUAGAUUGAAAGAGCAGAACCAAGGGUUUCGGCCUCCUAAAAUGUCCAUAGCGGAGAAGCUAUUGGCAUCUAAGAAAAAGAUGGAGAAAGCAGAAAAUUUCUCACUGCCAUCUACUCCUCAUUCAUCUCGUCUUCAUCCAAACUCUGGAUCAGCUGCUGAAAGUCGAAACAUGGCACAUCCAAUUCGAAUGCCUCAGUCUGACAAAUCAAUUCACAUGACAAUAUCUUCUGGAAGUUUCCAAUCUCCUUUAGUCCAUACUGCGGCAGUAAAUUCUGCACCAUUACCAUAUCAGCUUCCUACUAGCGAGAUAAGACCAGUACCUGGCCAUUCGAAUUCUGCAGCACUACCAAGAGUUGACCGGUCACACAUCAGAUCAGAUGGAAGACCAAACGGUUCUUCACACCCUCAGCAAAUUCAAGCUAAUUACUCUACUAACUCAACUGUGAGGACUUCAACAUGGUCAGUGCACCCACAGCCUGUACUUCCUUCCCAUCAGGCAUCAGAUAAUAAGGUGCCUGUAAAUAUGUCCCUUAAGGUUGAGGGAGGGGCUGUACUAGCCCCCCAAGCAACAGCUAGGGCAGUUGGUUCUCAGAUAGGACCACUGUCACAAGGCACUAGCCAUGUCCAGCCUCCUCCUCCACUGGGAAAUACACAUUCUGAGAUUUGUAAGAUUGUCCAGAAAUUAUUGCAACCACGGAUCACUGAACGACCUACUUGGAUUCCUCCUUCUAGGGACUACAUGAGUAAGGCUUUGACUUGUCAAAUUUGCAAGUCGAUGGUAACAGAGAUAGAUAGUAUACUCAUUUGUGAUAAUUGUGAGAAAGGGUAUCAUAUAAAGUGCCUCCAAACUACUAAUCAAAAGGGAGUUCCAAGAGGGGAGUGGCAUUGUGGAACGUGUUUGUCUGCAAGCAAUGGCAAACCUUUGCCUCCUAAAUAUGGGCGUGUCAUGAGAAAUGUCAAUACACCAAAACUGCCAUCAAAUCCAGCAUCUAUUACAUCUACUUCAAGUAAAUUACAUGGUACUUCAGAAGAAAAAGUCAGCCAGAUGAAAGAAAUAUUUAAUGGGAGUGCUACUGUGGAAAACAGUUCAAGUGGAGUUGUAGGUGAUAAAGAUAGCCACCAGACAUCUGGAUCUGAGAAAGAAGAAAAUAAACCAAUGCCGGAGAAUGCUAAUGCCUCUAUUGGUGCUAAGAUGGAUGACCUAGUAUCAUCUGGGAAUUGCCCAAAAAAGUUGAUAACCACCGAUUCUGCAAAUGUUUCAUCUAUAAACUCAGAUGACGUGAAAUCUGCUGAAAUAAAAUUAAAUUCUUUGACUGAGCCAGCAAUAGCUCUUAACACAUCUGAUAAGUUGGAGGAAAUUCCGAAGUCUGUAGAAGCAAGUCCGCAGGAGAAAUCUCUGGAAAAUCAAUUCUUGCCAACAGAUGCAAAAGAAUCUCAUGGUGAUGAAUCUUCAAACAACACAGAUCACCUGAACGAUCGAGAGGUUGUGUAUGGUAAUCUUCCAGAAAUUGCUGCGAAUGUUGAGGAAACAAACCAGGAAAACUCUUCAUCACGCAGUUUGCAUUCUGUCAACUGGAUUGGUGACCCUGUCCAGAUUUUGGAUGAAAAAAUUUAUUAUUCAUCUUGCUGCAUCAGUGGACAUCUAUAUAAACUUAUGGAUUAUGUUCUUAUUCAGUUUGACAAUGGCAAACUUACACCUUCAAAGCUACAGGCUAUGUGGGAGGAUAAAAGUACCGCAACAAAGUGGGUAAUGGUGAAUCAAUGUUACUUUCCUGGUGAUUUGCCUAAGGCUGUUGGCCGUCCAUGCGGCCUUGAAAGCAGUGAGGUUUAUGAGUCAACUUGUAGUAGAUCAGUGAUGGCUGGCUUAAUAGAAGGCCCUUGUGAAGUCCUCACUCCAAGAAGAUUUGCUGAAGAAAGUGAUAGGAGAAUUCGUUCCGGGAGACAAAUUAUUGACAAUUUGCCUCCAGUUUAUCUGUGCAAAUGGAUUUAUGAUGAAGCAAAAGGACUAUUCCGGGACAUUUCCUGUUAAAGAAUGUUGCGAUCAUAUUAGAUCAACAGAAGGUUGCGCUGGUGUAACAUGGAGCAGUUUGUAACGGGUAUAGCAAACGGGAUGAUGCCGAAAUCCAGUUUUGUGUACAAUAGGUAGCUCUUAAUUGUAGCCUGUAGACUCUGUAGUGUAUCAUUAUGUGGUUAGGCGGAUUUACUUGCAACCCUUUUAACGCUCAUUCCCAAUAAUAUAUGAUUGUUGAAUGUAAA